AAAACGCAAUUUUAUUUAACCCAUUAAGCAAAUUGCAAUACCCCCAUUAAUCAUACCUGCAUUAAAUUUUAAUUAACUUAUGGUGUCAUUUAUGUAAUUAACGCAAAUUAUGCCUAAUUGCAUUUCAUUUGUAUCUAUAUAAAUUGAAAGGGCAGUGUUAGGAUUAUCAGUUCAAAACUUACUCUCCUAGAGAACUUAUCUUAAGUUAUUUUAUAAAAUUAAGGUUUACAAAAAAUGGUUGUUGACGCGUUAUUUUACAGUGUUGCAUUAGCAUCGGUUAUUGGAUUAACAUCAGCUUAUUCCGUAUCAUUUAGAAGACCAUGCAGAGACCUAUCACCAGAAUGUUUAAGGAAAACAGUGCAAGCAGCCCUACCAACAAUUGCUGAUGGCAUUCCCGACCUAGGCAUUGAAUCUUUGGAUCCUUACGAACUGAAGAAACUUCAAUUGAAAUUACCUGGAAUCGAUAUAGCCUUUAGCAAUGGUUACGCUAAAGGUUUAAAAACAUGCAACGUCGAUUAUGCUAGUUUUGGAGGAGGUUUAUUUGAGUCUCAGAUGCAUUGCAAUCUGACUAUCAAAGGAAAGUACAGGUCUUCUGGAAGGCUUCUGUUGUUCCCCAUUAAUGGAGACGGAGAAUCCAUUAUUAAGUGCAGAAAUCUCAAGCUUCAUAGUCAACUUCAACUGGGGUCAGUUGUAAGGUCAGACGGCCGUCGGUAUAUCGAUAUCAAGGAUUCCAGAAUCGAACACGGCUAUGAUGGCAGAGUUAUGUAUAGCAUGACGAACCUGUUUAAGGGAAACCCCGCCAUGAGCAACGCUGUCCUCGACUUCAUGAAUAGCAACUGGAAGAUGGUAGCAGAAGAAUUCGGAACUCCUAUGGUAGAAUUCGGCGUUAAAUCGAUAAUGAAAAACGUAAAACAACUUUUUGACGUACUACCCAUUGAUGAACUUGAAAAAUUGUAAUAAGAUAUAGUAUUUAAAUAGUUUUAAUUAAUUUUGUACAGACCUAUGAUAAAAUAAGUGUAAAAUAAAAACAAAACUCCAAACACAA